CUGUGAGAAUCGCUUCGUUGGUACUCACCAGAUACGGCAAUUCAUGGAAGUUUUUCACCGUUACGUAAGAUCGUGUUCAAAAGAUUCGUGCGUGCCAAUCAUUAGGCUACUACACGAGAGAAUAUUAGUGAAUCAGUGAAUCGUUGAAUUCAAACGAGAGUGUUAUACCAUUUGUGUAAACUGGCGAUCAAAGACGAGAAAAUUCCAACGUUCAGUGAAGUGUGCAAGAGAAGCGCGCCAGGGACUACCAAACUGAGAAGCAAUCAGGGACAAAUAUUCACCGAUAUGACACGUUGCCAAAGCAUUCGAUCUUACGGAGCCACCUCGAUUACAGACAGUGGAAACCUGUCGUGGCCAAAACAGAAGGAACCCAGAUGCCCGAGAGGCACGAUAACGUGCGGCAUGCUGCCUACACUCCAAGCUCUGGCAUCCAAGGAAUGCGAGAACAGCCAAGGCACCGUCUGCCUCGUGCCAUUCGACACCGAGAUGGAUUCCGCCAGCCACCUGCAAAUGAUCCUGCUCGAGGCGUAUUGUCGCGAAAUAGGUAUCAAAGUGUUACGGGUAUCCAGAGAAAGGAUACGAGAGCAUCUGUGUCCAGACACCGGAGAUCUAUCGUGCGUGCUGAUUUCCAAUGGCGAUCCAUAUUUUCUCGACACACCGAAGUGAAAUUUAGAACCAACUCGAACAUCGGGCAUGAAUUUCUUACGACUGACUAUAGUCAGACAAAAUUGCACGAAGAAUUCUCCACGAAGAAGAGCUGUUGGAUGAUUGGUGGAAGACAGAAAGAACGUUUAAGUCAGUCUUUCUCCCCUUAGGUAGGGGCGCCGUCGAUAAUGGAGAUUACUGCUCUUGUGAUAAGGGCUGAGAUUUCUGUGUAGAUCUGAAAUAUGAUGACUCUUGCUGAUGGUCGUUCAAGGGAGAUAAACG